UCGUUUGUUUUUAAAAUUUUAAUUAUAAAGUUUGUACUUUUUAUUCUGGUACAGAGUUAAGAGAAAGAAGAAGCUCGAAGGCAGCUUCUUUCACUUUGGCAGAACUAAGACCAUCCGCAACGGCGGUCCAAGAGGAGUCCGUAGCCCAAGUCCUUAGCCCAAAUGGAAUAUAAUAUUGAUAAUUGGGUUAAGAUUUUGACGGAUCAAUCCGUAAAUAAGGGCUAGAAGGACCAAGUCCUUGUGUCACGUGGCGUCUGAUGGUUGGCUCGGUGAGCUAUUGGGUUCGGGGUUGUGGAAAAAAAAUUCAUUCACGACCGAAGGCGAAAAAAAAAUAGCAGAGCUCGAGACGAAAAGGCGAUUUGUCUCCGUCGUCGACCGUCUUCUUCCGUGAUCUUCAAAGGCCAACAAACUAUGGGACAAGACUAUAGCUACACUCAGCCUUCUUCAUCUGACGAGUUUGACAUGACCUGUUUACUUCAAGCAGAAGCUGAUCUCUACGCGGAUGAAGGUGAGAGUAGCUACACACCGGAACCUGAAGCUGAUGAAGGAAUCCCGAGGACAUGUUAUUGCGGUAAUGAGCCUGUUGUUGCAACGUCAUACACUCCUAAAAAUCCAGGAAGGAGGUACUUCUCCUGCGACAACGUUGACGAUGGAGACUGCCACAUCUGGAAAUGGUGGGAUGUGGCGAUUCAAGAAGAGCUUGGUGAAAUGCAAAGACAAGUUAGGAUGCUCAAAGAUCAAUUCUUUGAGAGUGACCAGAAGGUGGCUAAGCUAGAGAAGAUCGUCGGUGCAUUAACGAAGAAGAAAUCAAUGGUUAAAUAUGGGUUUGCAAAGGGAGUUUGUCUACUGGUCUUGGUAAUCUUGGUCAUCGUAAUGGGCUGGAAGAGCUUCGGAGGAUUUAAACAACAAUGUCUGAACUCGAGAUGGGCUUCACAGGUACAAUACUUCCACUCUUUUUUGUUUCAGUAAUAAAAAUUAACUAUACUGGUCAUGCUUUAAUGGUUAUUAAUGCUAGUAUUGCUUCCUAACUUUAGAUUUGAUAGAAUCGUACUUGUUAGCUUUUAGUGUAGCAAGUAGAGAAGUUAUUAGUCUGAUUUGAGUGGUGGUUAAUGCUUGUUUGCUUUCUAUCUGCCUAACUACUCCGAACCUAAAUGCUAGUUUACUUUCUAUCGCUUACUUAAGUGUCUGUGUUGCUAAUAGAGUAACACAGACCAUCAUCUAAACAUGAAUAACAGAACUGGGUUUGUUAUUCUAAUGUAUAGUCAAUCUUCAGUUGACCUUGAGUCACCCGAACCUGCUUGGUUCGGUAGCCAAGGUCCUGAUGAGUAUGGUUUCCACCCUGUCCAGCCUAGUGUCGAGUCUCCUGUCCAGCCUACAGUCGAGUCUCCUGUCCAGCCUACAGUCGAGUCUGCUGGCAAAGAGCGGAGGCAAUGGUCUCUGCUUGAGGAUAAAAUCCUCAUUGGGGCGUGGCUUAACACCAGCAAAGACCCUGUAGUCAGCUGUGACCAGAAAGCGGAACGUUUCUGGAAGAGAAUCGUUGACUACUACAACGCAAGCCCUCAACUGGUUGGGACAGUACCUAGAGAGAUUCGUCCAGCCAAGCAGAGGUGGGCUAGGAUUAACGAGCAAGUCUGUAAGUUCGUAGGAUGCUAUGAUGCGGCAUUGAGGGGGCAGAGAAGUGGUCAGAAUGAUGAUGAUGUGAUGAAAGCUGCACUAGACUCAUUCUUCAACAUUUACCAGCGCAAGUUCGGCCUCGAACAUGCGUGGAGGGAGCUGAGGCAUGACCAGAAAUGGUGCACGACGUAUAUGGUUAAAGACGGUGGGAAGGAGAAGCGCAAACAAGUGGUUGACCUUGAUACAGAAGAUGAAGUACCCGAACAUGAAGCAAGACCAGUUGGUGUGAAAGCUGCUAAAGCUGCUGGUAAGAGAAAGAAGAGUGGCAAAGAAGAAGAGAUGUCACAGUUAGAGGCCAUCAUGGAAAUGAAAGGAAAACUCUCUAAACAAAAAAUUCUUGAACGUUUACUUGCCAAAAAAGAUCCACUAUCUGAGAUGGAAGAAUCUCUAAAAUUGAAACUGAUGUCUGAGAUGUUAUGAGGCUAUUAAGGUAUAAAUGUUACAUGUCGUCUGGUGCAUUGUGUAGUUAGUUGUUCGAAGUAUUUGUUACAUGGCGCAUUGAUUUUAUUCUUUACUAACUCUUGUUUUUGUCUUGUUUCAGGUUCAGCAGUAGGACAUGUGACCAGAGUCACGGGUGGUGCAGUAGGACAUGUGACCGGAGUCACGGGUGUAUUUGGAGUUGCGAAGUUUUUUGUUGUUUUCCUCAAGUGACCAGAGUCACGGGUGGUGCAUUGAGGGUGUAUAAGUAUCAGUCUUUUCUUGCGGAAUUAGAUAUCUCUCUUGCUGUGUUUCCUCUCUAUCAAACUUGUCUCCUUUUGUUGUAAUCCAAGGCUGUAUUAUUUUAGCUACAAUCCCGAAGUGUAAUCGACGAAGUUUGCUUCUCUUUAUGUAACUUCUCUUUAGGUAACUGCUUUUGAUUGUUAUAAGAGUUUGCUUCUCAUAAAAAUCCAAUUUGCACUUAUAUAUACAUUUAUGUUUCUCAUAAAAUUCCUAUUUUAACAAAGUUGGUAGUCUUGAUGGUAUAAACAUCAUAUUCGUACAUGUCGCUAGGUAUAAACAUCAUAAUAAACGUGAUGAUAUAUAACUAUCAUAUAUACAUACCCAAUUA